ACGCCUACUUUCCGAGACUCGCCCCAGUGCCAGACGUGGAGAACCCUCUUGUCGUUCCGUUCUCGCGCCGCUUUGACGUGAGGUGCGUGCGGAGGCCCCGGGAGACGUUUAUCUUUUUCCGCCGCUACUUCGACACCAUCACCCCCGCAGAGAUCACUUGGCAGCCUUGGGCUCCAUUGCCUAUGAUGAUUCGAGAUCGAUUUGCUGGUGCAGAGGGGACUGCACGUUUUAGGAUUUUGCUGGAGGGUCCGGUCUGUCGGGCUUGGUACCUGGGUGAGCGCUUCCUACGCCAGACCCUGGGUUUGCUAGAGCAGAUAGUUUCGGGUCCACCUCCUACCCACAUGAGGGACAUCGAGAGGUGCACUGCUGAGGAGAUGGCCGAUUACACGAUUAGCUGGGACGCGAAGGGUUUUAAAGGCGAGGGCGACUAUGCAGAGUACGUUCGGACGUACAUUAUGCAGCCUUUGAACGGUGGCCGUCGAGCUGAGAGGGAGAGGCCUACGGCGCCGGUAGUUGGAGCGGGAGCAGGGGCAGGGACGUCGAGGACAGCUCGAGUCUGUGGCAGGAGCGGAGCUCGGAGGGGUCGGGGGGUUAGUUGGCCAGCACUACCCACGAUGAUGACAUGCAGAGGACGGGGCGGGACGACUUACCAGAUUUCCAUUGCUCCCCCUCCGGCUGAUCAUGAGUUAGUCGGGUUUUAUGGCUUGCCUCCGGUAUGUACUACUGCAUUUUGCAUUUUGCAUAGUCAUUUCAUUUCAAUUCGCUUGAUAUUCCGCAGAAUACUGAUACUUCUAACGCUUUUGCAAGCCUCUUAUGAGUACACUCGCCAGUCCCUAGAGUUGACCGCCUCCACUGUUCACAGCACUAUCUACGGCAUUUAUACGCUGUACUUGUACACUGCAUUCUACACUGACACACUGCUCGCAGUAUUCACACACUGCAUUCAUACACUGCAUUCUGUAGCAUAUUAA